UCUUUCGGAAAAGGGAAAAAAAAAAAAAAACCUAGCUGGCUACCAAGGUGAACCCUGAACGGUUCCCACCUUAAAAUCGGCCCUGCUCGUGACGUCAGGUCGGAAAUAUACCAAAGCGAGCGCCGGCCAGGAGUCUGGGGAGCGCGGCGGCUCGGCGAUUGGGCGGCAGGCCGCUGACGCGCGCUGACGCGCGGAGACUUUAGGUGAAUGUUGGCAGCGGCAGCGCGAGCCACAUAAACAAAGGCACAUUGGCGGCCAGGGCCAGUCCGCCCGGUGGCUCGCGCUAGGCUCCGCGGUCCCGCUCGCCUGCCCAGCCGCCGCCUUCCCCUGCUCCCUCCCCGCUCUCGGCGCCUCCGUUCCCUUCGCCCCUCUCGCCCACCCCUCCCCGACCCUGCCACCCCGACUCCCGGAGGGAACUACACUUUGGCCGAGUUGAAUGAAUGAAGAGAGACACGGAGAACUCCUAAGUGAGUAGGUGCAGCCCGUACAGCUCGCGUUCUUUUAUCCUUCUUUCUGUUUUUGCACGUCUCUUCUUCCCGCUUGUGUGGUGCAGGUUCUCUGGAGAUGGGCGCCGAAGGCGCGGAGCGCGAGUGGGGCCGGAGGAUGGGGAGUAGGUGUGCGCAGCUACAGAGGGCAUUUGUCGGAACUCCUGCUUUGCCACCCAACAGAGGCUUCCAGGCUCCUCAUUGGUGGACGUGAAAGGGAGGCUUGCACAGUUUCGGGAGCUGCGGACUUAACACGCGGAAAUGGAGGAGAACUGCCAGGCUGGGCUCUCCACUGCUUUUCUAAAAAUCUUGGAAACUUUGUCCUUCAUUGAAUUACGACACUGUCCACCUUUAAUUUUCUCGAAAACGCCUGUAACUCAGCUGAAGCCAUGCCUUGUGUUCAGGCGCAGUAUGGGUCCUCGCCUCAAGGAGCCAGCCCCGCUUCUCAGAGCUACAGUUACCACUCUUCGGGAGAAUACAGCUCCGAUUUCUUAACUCCAGAGUUUGUCAAGUUUAGCAUGGACCUCACCAACACUGAAAUCACUGCCACCACUUCUCUCCCCAGCUUCAGUACCUUUAUGGACAACUACAGCACAGGCUACGACGUCAAGCCACCUUGCUUGUACCAAAUGCCCCUGUCCGGACAGCAGUCCUCCAUUAAGGUAGAAGACAUUCAGAUGCACAACUACCAGCAACACAGCCACCUGCCCCCCCAGUCCGAGGAGAUGAUGCCGCACUCCGGGUCGGUUUACUACAAGCCCUCCUCUCCCCCGACGCCCACCACCCCGGGCUUCCAGGUGCAGCACAGCCCCAUGUGGGACGACCCAGGCUCCCUCCACAACUUCCACCAGAACUACGUGGCCACCACGCACAUGAUUGAGCAGAGGAAAACGCCGGUCUCCCGCCUCUCCCUCUUCUCCUUUAAGCAGUCGCCCCCCGGCACCCCCGUGUCUAGCUGCCAGAUGCGCUUCGACGGGCCCCUGCACGUCCCCAUGAACCCGGAGCCGGCGAGCAGCCACCACGUGGUGGACGGGCAGACCUUCGCUGUGCCCAACCCCAUCCGAAAGCCCGCGUCCAUGGGCUUCCCCGGCCUGCAGAUCGGUCACGCGUCGCAGCUGCUCGACACGCAGGUGCCCUCGCCGCCGUCGCGGGGCUCCCCUUCCAACGAGGGGCUGUGCGCCGUGUGCGGCGACAACGCGGCCUGCCAGCACUACGGCGUGCGCACCUGUGAGGGCUGCAAAGGGUUCUUUAAGCGCACGGUGCAAAAAAACGCGAAAUACGUGUGUUUAGCAAAUAAAAACUGCCCAGUGGACAAGCGGCGCCGGAAUCGCUGUCAGUACUGCAGAUUUCAGAAGUGCCUGGCUGUUGGGAUGGUGAAAGAAGUGGUUCGCACAGACAGUUUAAAAGGCCGGAGAGGUCGUUUACCUUCGAAACCGAAGAGCCCACAGGAGCCCUCUCCCCCCUCGCCCCCGGUGAGUCUGAUCAGUGCCCUCGUCAGGGCCCAUGUCGACUCCAACCCGGCUAUGACCAGCCUGGACUAUUCCAGGUUCCAGGCGAACCCUGACUAUCAGAUGAGUGGAGAUGACACCCAGCAUAUCCAGCAAUUCUAUGAUCUCCUGACUGGCUCCAUGGAGAUCAUCAGGGGCUGGGCGGAGAAGAUCCCGGGCUUCGCUGACCUGCCCAAAGCCGACCAGGACCUGCUUUUCGAGUCGGCUUUCCUAGAACUAUUUGUGCUGAGAUUAGCAUACAGGUCCAACCCAGUGGAGGGUAAACUCAUCUUUUGCAAUGGGGUGGUCUUGCACAGGUUGCAAUGCGUUCGUGGCUUUGGGGAAUGGAUUGAUUCCAUUGUUGAAUUCUCCUCCAACUUGCAGAAUAUGAACAUCGACAUUUCUGCCUUCUCCUGCAUUGCUGCCCUGGCUAUGGUCACAGAGAGACACGGUCUCAAGGAACCCAAGAGAGUGGAGGAGCUGCAAAACAAGAUUGUAAAUUGUCUCAAAGACCAUGUGACUUUCAAUAAUGGGGGCUUGAACCGCCCCAACUAUUUGUCCAAACUGUUGGGGAAGCUUCCAGAACUCCGUACGCUUUGCACGCAGGGGCUACAGCGCAUUUUCUACCUGAAACUGGAAGAUUUGGUACCACCACCAGCAAUAAUUGACAAACUUUUCCUGGACACUUUACCUUUCUAAGACCUCCUUCCAUGCACUUCAAAGAAACUGGAAAGAAACCUAAAACUGUCCAGAGGGGGCAAGUCACAAGGGCACAGAGAUACCCCUGAGCUGCCUCAGCUCUAGCCGGCCCCCACCCCUUCCAUACACCUUGGCCCUUGAUCUCUAAAGAAAACAAACAAACAAACAUCAACAAAAGCAAAAACUGUUACUAUUUCCUAACCUGCAGGCAGAACCUGAAAGGGCAUUUUGGCUCCGGGGCAUCCUGGAUUUAGAACACGGACUACACACAAUACAGUGGUAUAAACUUUUUAUUAUCAGUUUAAAAAUCAUUUUAUUGUUCAGAAGGAAGCUUCUUAAUGUAUGACGGAAAACAUUUGGCCAUGUUUGGUUGUUGCAGUUAAGACAAAUGUAAUACACAUAGACACAUACACACACACCCACAUUGUAAGGGGACCCACAAGUAUUGCCCUUUAAAAGACUUCAAAGUUUUCUGCUGUAAAGAAAGCUGUAAUAUAUAGUAAAACUAAAUGUUGCGUGGGUGGCAUGAGUUGAAGAAGGCAAAGGCUUGUAAAUUUACCCAAUGCAGUUUGGCUUUUUAAAUUAUUUUGUGCCUAUUUAUGAAUAAAUAUUACAAAUUCUAAAAGAUAAGUGUGUUUGCAAAAAAAAAAAAGAAAAAAGAAAUAACCACAAAAAAGGGACAAGCAUGUUGAUUCUAGGUUGAAAAUGUUAUAGGCACUUGCUACUUCAGUAAUGUCUAUAUUAUAUAAAUAGUAUUU